AUGAGUACAAGCAUGCAACAUCAACAACCACAUCCAUACAACACCCGAAUGAAAUCUAAGAACAUUUCAAAUUCUACGUUAACAAAACAAGAACGUCAGCUUAUGAGAAAGGAUACAAACACGAAUUUAAGAAACGGUGACCAAACAAGAAUGAAAGCUAAUAUACCGUCGCGUAUGAGCGUUAUGAUUAAUACAAAACGGAGAACCGAGAACAACGAAAUUCACGCCACAUUUUCAAAUAAAGGGGUUGAUUUUUCAAAAAUACGAACGAUAUAUCCAUACAAGGACGAAAAUAAACCAAAAAGGUUAUAUAAUUUGCCAGAAGGAAAGUCAUUCUAUCCCUCUUGGGAAGAAUUUAAGGACCCAUAUAAGUAUAUAGCUAGCAUUUCCGAGGAAGGGUCCAAAUACGGAAUCGUAAAAAUAAUACCACCGGAAGGGUGGAAACCAAGCUUUUCAUUGAAUGUUGAUAGAUUCAAAUUCCAGACCCGUAAGCAGAAAGUUAACAUUAUGGAAGGCGAAACAAGGGCCAAACUCAAUUUCAUUGAACAAUUACAACAAUUUCACGCUCAACAAGGUCGUCCGUUUACUAGGUUGCCUCAACUUGAUAAGGCGCCGAUUGACCUCUACAAAUUGGCAAAGGCUGUCUCUAAUCGUGGUGGUCCUAUUGAGGUGUCUAAAAAUAAACAAUGGGCUGAAGUAGCUCGUGAAAUUAAAGAAGGUGGAUAUUCUCAAACGUGUACAUCCGCCUCAAAAACCAUUAAAGAACGUUAUUACGAUUUUAUUGAUCCCUAUGAAAAGUAUGUAUCAGAAGUAAGGAAAGAAUGUAAGCGAAGGGGAAAAUCGGAGGAGAAACGGGAUAAUACAUGGAUAUGUGGAAAGUGUGGUAAUUCGACAAUGGGCAUCGUGAAAGAAGAUAUGUUACAUUGUAGUGGAGGCUGCGAUAGGACAUUUCAUAGAGAAUGCCUCAAUAUAAAGAAAAAUCGACUAAAUUCUAGCAUACAAUGGCACUGCCCAAUGUGCUUGUUUUUGACCGGUUCGGAUUUCGGAUUUGAACCUGGAAAUACCUUCACUCUGGAUGAAUUCCAGGAAUAUGCAGACAAUUUUAUGCAAAAACAUCUUAAGGAACACCUCAAUCCGGUAGGAGUUUCAAAAGAGGACUUCAUAGAAUCUGAAUUUUGGAGAAUCGCUCACUCAAUGGAUGAUAAUACAGAAGUGUUUUACGGAGCUGAUAUAAACUCGACAGAUUACGGAAGUGGAUUCCCGUGUAAUGAACGAGACCGUAAUCAUCCUUACGCUAAUGAUCCGUGGAAUUUAAGGAACCUUCCACGCUUAACAGGUUCCUUGUUACAUGAUGUAACCCCUGCCAUCCCAGGAAUGAUAUUGCCCUGGGUCUACGUCGGGAUGGCCAAAGAAGCUCUUGCCGGACUUAUUUCAGCACCAACCGGACCUCCUAACCCAAUUGACGACGAUCUUAAACCCGGGGAAACUAAAGGAGGAAGGUGUCGAGGUGUAUGCCAUCGACCAGCGGCCAAAUCAGUUCAUCGUCACCUUCCCACAGGCAUAUCACGCCGGGUUCAACCACGGGAAAUUAAACGCCACCACGUAUUUUCACAUGAGAGACUACUAUGGGAUAUCGCUAUCAAGAAUCACAAUAACUAUGGAAUUGUAAAAUGGCUUAAGGAGCCUUUAAAAGAAAUAAUUUCUAAGGAAAUCAAACUAAGAGCUGAUAUCUCCGCAAGUGUGAACUUACCAGAACCAACAUAUAACUUCGGAGAACAGAAUGAAAAUGAAUUAGCGGUAUGCGAACAUUGCAAUGGAUUCGCAUACCUUUCUAUGAUCAAAUUUAAAUGCAACGAAAAAGCUCUAUGUCUUGAACACGCAAAUGAAACUUCAAAAUGUUGCACUUGCGGAGAAAAAUGCUGCUUCCUUCAGGUCCGCGUCAAAGAUUUCCAUAUGAGAAACUUAAUGGAAGCAUUCGACAAUACUUUAGAAAAUGGUGAGAAUACUAGACGCCACAUCGAAAAUACAUUUGAAGAUAAAUCACCGAUACCAGCAGCAAAGUUUGAAAUAGUGUAUGAUAUGGUUAAAGAGAAUGGAUUAGAAUUCGAAAUGACAACAUCAUCACAGAUGUUUAUUGAUAAAUCAUUCUCUUUGUACCGAAAGAUAAUCAAAUAUUGUUAUAAAAUUGCAAGGAACAUCUUCCCCAAGAUUUAUAAUGAAAUACCGAUAAGUCAAUUCAACGUAACAGAAUUUUUAAUUAAAUGGGAAAAACGAUGUAGGCGAUACCAAUCUACCACAGAUUUACCCCCUUCGAAUGAAAAACAUUAUUGUUUCUGCCGCCGACCAGACAAUUACAAAACAAUGAUUCAAUGUGACAAUUGCAGCGAGUGGUAUCAUGUCGAAUGUAUACAAUUGAAUGAUAAAAGUGUAAAAAAUAUUGAAGAUUGGACCUGCGCCAUGUGCGCCGAAGGGAUCGAAAACAUAGCUAAAAAGAUCAAGAAGCUAUUAAUCAAAUUAAGGAAAAUCAUAAAAGCCUCGGCCGAGUUUGAUUUUGCAAUUAGACACGGUGACCGAUUGGUCAGCAUUAUCGGUAUAAUCAAGCAAAUGAUAGGGAGGACAGAAUUUGAGGUUCGCAGAUUAAUGGGCCUCGGGUUAGCAAUAUCUUGGACCAAUACAACGGACCCCAUGGAAAUUGAAUAG